CUCAAUGAAGCAGCUACUGUCAGCGUUCUGCUUGGUCUAUGCCAUUCUAUGGCUGCCACUUAUUGCAGAUGGAACAUCGAAAGAAGGAUGUUUCACAACACUAUUUCAGUUUGGAGCAUCGCUUUUCGACACAGGAAAUGCAGUCAUAGCAUUUCCACUUCUGGUUUUUCAGCCCACCAGGCCUCCUUACGGUUCCACUUUCCCUGGUUAUCCCGCCCAUAGAUUCUCUGAUGGAAAGCUCAUUAUCGACCAUUUAGCGGAUGCUUUCAAAUUGGAGUUGCUUCAUCCUUAUCUUGAAAGUUUGGUGCCUGAGGCAACGAUCAAAGCGGGUAGAGAUUACAGGAGAGGAGUGUGUUUCUCGGUAGCGUCGGCAACUGCACUUUCUGUGGAAGAAUUAGAUUUCACGGGACCGGGAAGGAAAAAAAUGGCGUUGAAUCCGUUAACUUUGGAUGUACAGUUCGAGUGGUUUGAAUCUUUCCGGCAGCGGGUUUUCGAAAGCGGUACGAAGUUUGAAGGAAAUUUAAGCGCUGUUUUACCCAGUAAAGAGGCGAUGGCAAACGCGCUUUAUCUUCCGGGAGAGUUCGGCGUUAAUGACUACCGCGUAGCGUUGCUGUCUGGUCUAAGCGUUGCAGAGAUUAAGAAGAAAGUGCCAUCUGUUGUUCUUAAGAUCGUCACUCUAGUCAAGAAGCUCCAUGAGACCGGUGCCAGGAAUUUCCUGGUUGUUGGGGUUCCACCGCAAGGAUGCAGCCCAUUUUAUUUGACCAUGUUGAAUGGAAGCAAAGAUGAAUAUAACUGCCUUGUGGAGGUGAAUGAAAUCCAUCACCUUCAUGAGACGAAGCUAAAGAUGGCACUGCGAGAUCUGCGCGAGCAACUGAGGGACUCAAACAUAAUGUUUGGGGACUAUUACAGGGCGUUCAUGAGCGUAAUCAAACAUCCUGCAAAAUAUGGAAUGAAAGUGAGAAAUGUUGCAUGCUGUGGUGGGGGUGGAGAGUACAACUACAAUCCCGCGGCUGUUUGUGGAACGAGCUCUUCAAGGCGAUGUUCAGAGGCGGAGAGUUACGUGUACUGGGAUGACUUCCAUCCAACUGAUGUGCUCAACAAAAUAAUCGCUGCUAAAUUUGCAUCGGGAAAAUAUGUUGAACCUCCCAACGUCUCGCUUGGCUGUUCAUGAGCAGUAGGUUCCUUUUAACAAUCAGAGGCAGGGUGGAGGCCUCAAAUAUCUUUGUAGAAAAGGAAAAAUGAGUAAUUAAAACAGAUCCAUGCCCAUCUUCUCUUGCCGCGGAACAAAGGCGGCAUUCCGAAUGAUUAUAUAACUUAAAAUAUUCUCUUUAUUUAUUUGGCGCAUGCACGUUAUUUUCUGCCUCUUCUAGACGUCUAAAUAUUUGGAAUAAGGUCGAAGUUUUUUACUUAUUUAAUAUUCACUAUGGAAACAUUUCGUCGCUUG